UCAGUCGACGGUACACAACAGAUUUCGCGCGAUGGGUCGUGGCAAGGAUGCUCAGCCAGGCAGCGACAAAGACAACGCUGGCGCUUUAGCAAGAGGACACUCAACGAUGAAAAAUUGCGAAUAUCAACAAAUAGAUCCUCAGGCACUACCGACACCCACACCAACUCCGACAACAACACCUUCUUCACGACCCUGUCCCGAGAAGACCAAAAAGCAACAGAGAAAAUGGGAGGUAUUUCCCGGAAAGAAUCGCUUUUACUGUGACGGCAGGAUAAUCAUUUCUCGCCAGAGUGGUGUUCUCCCUUUGACGCUUGGUCUCAUCCUCGUCACUAGUGGAUUAUUCUUCAUAUUCGACUGUCCGUUCCUGGUGAAGCACUUGACCAGUGGCAUUCCAGUGAUCGGGGGCGUGCUGUUUGUGUUCGUGGUCAUCUCCCUGCUCCAGACCAGUUUCACUGACCCCGGCAUUCUGCCUCGGGCAACACCAGAGGAGGCUGCCGACAUUGAGAAACAGAUUGAUAAUCCCGCUGCGUCCUCUUCCUCCUCGUAUCGGCCCCCACCGCGCACCAAGGAGAUCGUCAUCAACCAGCAGGUGGUCAAGCUCAAGUACUGCUUCACCUGCAAGAUCUUCCGGCCGCCUCGGACCUCCCACUGCAGCCUCUGUGACAACUGCGUGGAGCGGUUUGACCAUCACUGCCCAUGGGUGGGCAACUGUGUGGGCAAGCGCAACUAUCGCUUCUUCUACUGCUUCAUCGUGUCGCUCUCCUUCCUCACCGCCUUCAUCUUCGGCUGUGUGACCACACACCUGGCACUGCGAUCACGGGCAGGUAAUGGAUUGGUAUAUGCCCUUCAGGAGAGCCCUGCCAGUGCUCUAGAGCUUGUGGUUUGCUUUUUCUCGGUGUGGUCUAUUCUGGGCCUGUCGGGCUUCCAUACCUACCUGGUGGCAUCCAAUCUCACCACCAAUGAAGACAUCAAAGGCUCGUGGUCAGGGAAGAGUGGCUCUGAGGACACUGGCAAUCCUUACAGCUACAACAACAUCUUUAAGAACUGCUGUGUGGUCUUGUGUGGCCCAAUGCCGCCCAGUUUGAUUGACAGGCGAGGGUAUGUGCCUGAGGACUCCCUCCCCAACGCCACUGUGGAGAUCCAGCUGCCUGCUGCCAAAAAUGACAUCAACGUGGUAGGCAAAGUGGCAUCGCAGGUUUACUAGGAGACCCCUGACCUGACCUUUGACCUCCCUAUGACACCACCUCAUUCCUGUCCCAUCAUCCCUCCAUCCUAAACACUCCAAAGGCCUGAAUGAUGAAUGGACCCCCCCCCCCAAGGCCCCAAGGACCCCCACCCCUUUCAAUCUUGUCAUGACCCCUCCCCCCGGAUGCAUCCCAGACUUACUGUAUCUUGUCUCCGUUGUUUGACCUUUGACUGCUCGGCAGAGGAGCGAAGGCUCUGGACAUUUCAUUGGGUGACCGUAAAAGCGAGGGAAUGAGGAAGUCCCAGAAUGAGUGUGUCAGGUGGCCACUGCAGUGCAGCUGUAGAGUUCUGCCUCGGUGGUUAAUUGUGUUAGCAUAGCUCAGGCCAGGGAGUAGUCACUUCCUGGUUUCUGUUCCGUUUAGUUUUAUUUUGUCUUUUUGCUCUCUUUUUUUUUAUCAUUAUGUGUAGAGGUCACUAGGUGAUCUGGUCAUGCUCCGUGCCGUGCUCCAGGUCUUGCUCCAGGUAGUGACCUGAGGGCGUUGGGGCAGGUACUGGGGCUGGGUGGCCACCCAGCAGUGAGUCUGCCACAGGGUGGCGGCGGAGUAUCCACUGCGGGUCAGGUAGCGGCACGGGUUUACUACACCAACUGAUCUCUGCUCAGUAGCGUGGGAAGUCAAAGAGGAAGGGAGAUGUGUGUUUUUUUUAUCUAUGCCCACACACACAGAUACACAUACACACACACUGUGCAAAAAGCUUAUGAUCAGGAUCCGAAAGCUUUUUCGGAAAGUAGGAUAUCUGUGUGUGUGUGUCUGUGUGUGAAAUCACGUGGUGACCUUUUUUCUUGUGAAUUGGAUACUGGUCCACGUGUUUACGCAGAAGUGCGGAACAUUAAAGAGGAACGUGUGGCCAGUCCGUUGGUCUGUCUAACCACCUCUCUCCAAGGCCUCUGCACGAGGCUGGGGAUCCGGUCUUUGAGUUCCCUCGCCUCUCCCCUUAGGGCCGCAGUCAUACCGAAAAGCCGACUCCUUUCAUUGGUACGCCUGUGACUGGUGGCUGUAUGGCAUACUUCAGACCAUGUCACAGACUCACACAAAUGGACACAUUAUCAACUAGGGCCGCUUGGGGGUUCUGCUGGCAACUUGAGGGGUUAAAAUGUUGGGGGAUUGGGAGGUUUGUUUGGCCAGCUUGGAAGUUGGAGCUAUUCUCGUGUUUCUCAUGAACUCCCUCUCGUACUGCUUGUGCUUCUGUCCACAAAGUGAAUUUUAGAGGAAGAGGGACAAAGCUGCAGGUGCUUUGGAGAAGGAGAAGUGCUCUUGUGCAAUAACCAGGCAGUGUUGUGUGCUGAUUGUCAAAAUGGAUGAAAUUAUAUUUUUACUUUUUUUCCAGUGUUGAACAAACUGAAAGCUUUCUUUCAGCAUGGUUACUAUGUGCCUUAUUGUGCUGUUUUUGUUUUAUCGUUUUGUUUUUUUUGUGCGAGAAUGUUAUUAUUUUUUCAGCGUGAAGUUUUUGGUAACUCAGGAAUCUCUGGUCCUGCUGUUUUGAUUUCAUACCGCUGUUGUAAGUGUCCUUUUUUUUGUACUGUCAUCACGGCCCAUUUGUUUUUGUAUGUGUUGCGUUUUGUUUUAUAUUUUUAUAUCUGUUUUGUUAUAAUUCUGUUCUGUUUUGUUUGUUUAUUUUAAUAAUGAAAGAAGAAAGAGGAUCUAAAAUAAUAAAAUAUUUUUUUUAAGUUAA